AUGGCUGUGGAUUACCUGACGGGCGCGAUCAUCAUGACACCCAGCAGCAGCAGCAAGCACACUGGGGCCACUGGAGCCACUCUCACAGGCCCUGCUGCUAGUACCACAAGCAACAACACCACCAGCAGCACUGGCGCCAGCAGCAUGAUGAGGGCGCCACGGCAGCCCCAGGCCGCUGCCACCGCCGGGGGAACUUCCCGUGGUGCUGGGACUGCAAGCGGUGCUGGGACUGCCAGUGGUGCUGGGACUGCAAGCGGUGCUGGGACUGCCAGUGGUGCUGGAACUGCAAGCGGUGCUGGGACUGCCAGUGGUGCUGGAACUGCAAGCGGUGCUGGGACUGCCAGUGGUGCUGGAACUGCAAGCGGUGCUGGGACUGCCAGUGGUGCUGGAACUACAAGCGGUGCUGGGUGCGGCACCGGCGGAACGGCUCGCAGUAACGUGACCAGCACGGCGAAUUCGGCGGGGAAUGCACCACUGGCGCUGCGUCAAGAGGGGUCCGCCCAACAGCUCUCGACCACCGCGUUUCCUGCAGCGAGCGCCGGCGGUGGCAGUGGCGGUUGUCACGCUGCGGAAGGGGCGAAUCCGGGAGCCAGCAGCGGCGCCCCUGCGUUCGCAACACUGUUCCCGCAGUGGGCAGCAGUGGACGCGGAGCAGCUGAGCCGCGUGGCCCACGACGUGAUGCCGGAAGAUGGGCACUGCUGGCUCAAGUACGGGGAGAAGCGACUCGUCAAGUCCUCCUGCCGCAGGUCGUACUUCCGUUGUGCGCGCUCCACGUGCCGCCGUCCGCCAGCCAGCGCUGACACUCGCCAGGACGACGCAGGAGCGGCAUCCACUGCCACCCCAACCGCCGCCUCUCCCCCCACCGUCUUCCACCCCUGUCCGGCUCGCAAGCGGGUCGACUGGCAACUAAUGCAUCUCACUCCUGCCACCCACCCGUCGCAGCUGCCGCCCGGUUUCGACGCGGCAGCGCACCUCCGGGCGGCAGGCAAGCCGCCCGCGUCCAUAGUUUUCUUCCGAGUGUCGUACCUGAACAAGCACAACCACAGUAACCCGCCCAUUGGCCUCCAGUUAGUGUCCUCUGGAGCACCAGAUGCAGCUUGUCAUGCUGGGGGUGUGAACUGCGCCCCGUCACCAGAUGCAGCUGCUGCUGCAACAGGCCUAACUGGGCAGCGCUCAUCCACACCCACAUCUCUGGGCAAGCGAUCGCGUGAAUCUGACCCCUCCUUGAUGUCAGAGCCAUGCUUGCCCUCUCAAAUGUCAGAGCCAUGCUUGCCCUCUCAAAUGUCAGAGCCAUGCUUGCCCUCUCAAAUGUCAGAGCCAUGCUUGCCCUCUCAAAUGUCAGAGCCGUGCUUGCCCUCUCCUGCUCCCCACGCAGUGACUUUUGAGUCGACUCAAAUGUCAGACCCGUGCUUGCCCUCUCCUGCUCCCCGCGCACGAUACGCCUCCCAGGACUUUAAUUUCCCAACCUUGGACUCGAAUCAAGGAUACCAACGCCCCCACCGGCUCCGGCCCUCCUUUGAACCGCAAUUCGUUUGUGGGGGAUUCCGCGUGGCUCACGCCUCUCAAGCGUCUCCGGUCUCUGCCGCGAAUCACGCCUCUCCUGCCCCUCACGCCUCUCCUGCCCCUCACGCCUCUCCUGCUUCUCACACUCCUCCCUUCUCUCACGUGUCUGCCGCAUCGCACGUGUCCUCUGCUUCCCCUGCCGCCUCUCACCCGUCUCAUGCAUCACUCACCUGUGCUGCCGCGACUCACUCCUUCACGCCGCCCAAGCCGAUAAAAUUGAGCUUUUCUCCUCCCGCCGAUUGUGAAUCUAUAGCAGGGAAGAACGCUUGGAAUAACACCGGUGGCAAAAGGAGCAACAACUGGAGCAGCGAAAGGAACGACAGCUGGCGCGCCGUGGCGGGCGGCGGCAUAGACGGCUACGGGCGGCCGAUGAGCAGAAACGGCAGCGCCACCAACGCAUCUGUAGCGGCUGUGCCUGCCCCUGCGUCGGGUGACGGCAUUGGCGGUUACGGGCGGUCUAUUUGCAGGAGCAGUGGGAAUGAUUCAGGGCCGGGACAGCAGCAGCAGCAGGAGCAGCAGCAAGUGCAGCAGCAGCAGCAGCAGCAGCAGCAGCAGCAGCAGCAGCAGCAGCAGCAAGCAGUGGUGCUUCAGAUGAGGCUCAAAGCUCCAGCCCAAGGGUGUGUUACGCAGGCUGCAGUGGAAGCCAAGCCAGAGGCUGUUGUGAUUGAGAUGCCACCAGCACAGUUUCAGGCUUCUCAAGUGGCUAUGCAACCACAGCUCCCAUCACCUUCUCUCACCACUCCUCCUGACCCCACUCCGCUGACCACUUCUCUCACCACUCCACCAGCCGCUAUGGGCACUUCUCCAAACGGCACUGCCCCAGCCAGCGUGCAUCAUCCCGUCGCCUCUCUCCCUCCCGUCGCCUCUCUCCCUCCCGUCGCCUCUCUCCCUCCCGUCGCCUCCCUCCCUCCCAUCCCCAACCACUUCCUGAACCUCGUUCCGAACCACGAGCAACAUUCAGGCAGUGCUGCUGCGCACCUGCACCAGUUCCACAUCCCCCAGAUGCCACCUGCGCAGGCAGCUCAGGCUGCUGAAAUCCAAGCCAGCAUGAGUCACACUCGCGAUUUCAUGGGCAUGGCCUGCAAUUCUGUGUGGGCCUCUGAUGUCGCUUUCAGUCCUGCGGUUCCAACCACUGCUGCUGUUGCUGCUGGGCAGACUCCGGUGAUGCGAUGCACUCGCACUUUGAGCGUAGGGCUUGAUGACUUGAGUGGUACGGGUGGCAUGGGUGGCUCGUGCGGCAUGGCUGGCAUGGGUGGUGGGGGAGGCAUGGGCGGCACGGGCGGCAUGGGCGGCACGGGCGGCAUGGGGGAGGAUGAGUUGCUGUGGGAGGCGGCAGCAUGGCUGGCAGAGCAGGGAGGGCUGGAGGCACUCGAUUGGCUGCCAGAACUGUCAGGUUGA